UAAUGGCUUGACACAGAAAGAAACAGAAGGAAGGAAGGAAGGGGGAAUUGUAGAGAGGAGAAAUUAAUCAAACUAUCUAUCUAUCCUUCUAUACUUCAACCUUCCUUCUUGGACAUUUGGCACAAAGGCCACUUCCAUUUCAUAAAUCUCUUAUAUAUAUAUAUAUAUAUAUAUAUAUAUAUAUAUUGUGUUAAUUUUCUUCAUGCAAAGAUACUCAUAGGCAAUUGGGGUUUUUGAUCACACUAUAAGCACAUUUCUCUUAGUUAUUAUAACUUUCCUUGGUGUGCUCUUCAAUAAGGGGUGCGACAAUUUUCAGGUGAAAUUCAACCAAUUUUGAAGCUCCAAUAAAUUAGUACAAUCAAUAACUUGAUCGUCAAGAAAUUGAGAAAGGACUAAUCAUCCUAAAAAGAAAGAAUGUCACAAAGCACAUUAAAGAGAGCCAUAGGGGCAGUAAAGGAUCAAACAAGCAUAGGCCUAGCAAAGGUAGGAAGCAGCACAUCACUUGCUGAUCUUGAAGUUGCCAUUGUAAAAGCAACAAAACACAAUGAAAAUCCAGCUGAAGAGAAACACAUAAGAGAGAUUCUUAGCUUAACAUGUUACUCACGUGCAUUCAUAAGUGCUUGUGUAAAUAAUCUCUCUAAGCGUUUGAGCAAGACAAGUAGUUGGACAGUUGCUUUGAAAACACUUGUUUUGAUUCAAAGGUUGUUGUCAGAUGGUGAUCCUGCUUAUGAGCAAGAAAUAUUCUUCUCAACUCGGCAAGGGACUCGCCUUCUCAACAUGUCCGAUUUUAGGGACACGUCCAAGUCGAAUUCGUGGGACUUCUCUUCAUUUGUACGAACUUACGCUUUGUAUCUCGAUGAAAGGAUUGAGUACAAGAUGCAACAUAAGCGCGGGAGGCGUAGUAGGUUUGCUUAUGACGAGGAGGAGGAGGAGGAGGGAGAAGGGGUUAUGAGAUCUACAUCGUUGUAUGAAAUGAGGUCUGAACUAUUAUUUUCCAAAAUGCAGCACUUGCAAUUGUUGCUUGAAAGAUUUUUGGCUUGCCGUCCCACAGGGAGAGCAAAGUCUCAUCGAAUUGUGAUAGUGGCACUCUACCCAAUUGUGAAGGAGAGUUUUCAAACAUAUCAUGACAUGACAGAAAUACUAGGUAUCUUCAUCGAUCGCUUCACCGACAUGGAGGUACCAGAUUGCAUUAAGGUGUAUGACAUGUUCUGCCGUGUCGGAAAACAGUACGAUGAACUAGACCUGUUUUACAGCUGGUCUAAAAGUAUUGGAAUCGCACGUUCGUCCGAGUAUCCAGAGAUUGAGAGAGUCACAACAAAGAAGUUAGAGCUCAUUGAUCAGUUCAUCAAAGACAAGUCUCUCAUAGCACAAACCAAGAAGCUUAAUGCACAAGAAGAAAAGAACAAUGAAACAAAUGAAGAAGAAAAAGGAGAACUACAAGAGGAUAAUGAAAUCAAAGCACUUCCACCACCAGAAGAAUUCAAUGAGGAACAAACAGGGGAAGUAAAAGAAGAACAAGAUUCAAAAGAAGAAAAAACAGUGCAAACAGAAGGUGAUUUAUUAGACUUACGUGACAGCAUGGUGACAAAACAAGAGUAUGAUGGAAACAAACUAGCAUUGGCAUUAUUUGAUGGUGAAGCACAAACAACAAGUACUACACAAGCUCUUCCAUGGCAUGCUUUUGAUGAUGCUGCAGAUUGGGAAACAACACUAGUUCAAUCAAGUAGUAACUUGCCAAACCAAAAACCAUCAUUAGGUGGUGGAUUUGAUUCAUUGUUGCUGGAUAGUAUGUAUAAACAAUCAUCAACAAAUGCAUCUAUGCAAGGAAUAAGUGGUUAUGGAAGUGCUAGCAGUUUUGCAAAAAGGUCAGAAGCAAUGUUAGCAUUGCCAGCACCACAGUCAUCGAGGAGUAGUUCAAGUUUAGAAACUGAAGAUCCAUUUGCAGCAUCAAGGGUUGUGGCACCACCAGCUUAUGUGCAAAUGUCAGAGAUUGAGAAGAAACAAAGGUUAUUAGCAGAGGAACAAGCAAUGUGGCAGCAAUAUGCAAGAAGUGGCAGCAUGAAUGGACAAGUUUCAUUUACAACACAACAACAACCUAAUAAUUUCUACAUGGGAGGGUUUCCACAAAAUUAUGGGAACUAUUAUCAUUAACUAGGAAUAAUUUUUUAUAGUUUGAACUUACCCAACUCCCCCUUCUUUCCAAGGUGAAGAAAAUUUUAAUUGGACAGCUAGAAGAUCUUGUUUAUAAGCUUCUUGCAAUUUUUUGUAACACACAAAAGUGAAAUGAAGUCCAACAUUAUUACACAUUGUAUUGA